AUGAACGCCACCGAGCAGCUGUUUGCCGAGCUCGAGGCGGUCUACGCCACAGCUGACGAGCUUCGGGCUGUGCUGGCCAGCGCGCGCGAAAGCAACGAGAGUUUGAAAGAGAGCGAGGCGACGGUUCGGAAGGAGCGGGACGAGGCCGUGGCAGCCAAGAAUGAGCUGAUACUCGAGCUGAAGCGCAACGGCGCACUUGUCGAGCAGAUCGAGGCUCUGAAGGCGCGGGCAGAGGCGGCUGAGCGCAAAGGCUGCGACGCCCAGAAGAGUGCUGAUGGGUGGCAGAAGCGGGCUGAAGCAGCAGGAGGAGAGGCCCGGGCACUGGGGGCGGCACUGGCGGCGGCUCAGGCCAAGGUGCAGGUGCAGGCAGCCGAGGCGGCGUCGGUGGCGGAGAUCCGGGCGGCGCGUGAGGAGGCACUGUCCGAGGCCAAGGCCCGAGCUGCAGCGCUAGCGCGCGAGGUUCGUGACGCUCGCGCCGAGCGCGAUGCGCUGGCAGACAAGCUGGCGACAGUUCGUGACGACGCGGCGCGCUUGGCGGCGGUAGCGGCGGCGGGGCGUGCCGAGAUCGAGGCGAUGCAGGCCGAGACGGGCAAGGCUGCCCAGCAGGCGGCGGCGGCGCGGCAGGCCCGCGAUGUGGCCAUCGCCGAGGAGGCUCGACGGAGCGCAGCGCUCGAGGACGCGCUGCAGCGUGCUCACACUAUGCUCGAGGAGUCGCGUGCUGAGCUCCGCUCGAGCAGUGCGGCGUUGAGUACGCUGCGCGAAGAGGUGGACGCGCUCAAGGAGACGGCGGCACGGCUGGCUCGCGAGCGCGAUGCGGCGCGGGCCGAGGCGGCGGCAACCAGCGCCGAGCUCAAGGGCGUGACGGCAAGCCAUCACUCGACACUCAACGCGCUUACAGCCGCCGAGCUCAAGCAGGCCGCCGCCGAAGCCGCCGCUGCCGAGCUCCGGGCCGGGCGCGACAAGCUCGAGGCGCAGCUUACCGAGUCGCGGACGGAUGCGGCGGCAGCUCUCGAAGCGAGCCGAGUUGCUGAGACGCGAGUGGCCCAGCUCGAGGGCGAGCUCAAGAUUGUGCGCAGCGAGAAGCGGUCGCUGGCAGCAGCCUUCCGCGCGGCGCAGGACGCGUUUGCAAGUGCAGUCGAGGGUAUGGAAGCCGAGGCACGGCAGAUGGCAAGCGAGCGCGACGGAGCCAAGCGCGAGUCGGCGGCACUGCAUGCUCAGAUGCAGGCGGCGGCGAGCCAGCGGGAGAGCCUGGUCGCCGAGGUCACUGGCCAGCUGGUGCAGCUGUCCGAGGCCGAGGAGCACACGUCGUCGGCACUGAGCGUGGCACAGACCGAAGCCUCGCUCUACUCGCGGCGGGUGGGCGCGCUCGAGUCGGCGCUUGCGGAGCUGAAGCGGAUGCUCGAGACGGCGACGAGCGCGCUCGCCGAGUCGAACGCCGAAGUAGAGCGGCUACAGAGUGAGCUCGCCGAGACGGCAGCCGAGGCGGCGGCGGCGACAGCGGCGGUGGGUGAGGCGCGGACGGCGGCGGCGACGGCCGAGGCGCGGGCAACCGCGACAGCGGCGACGGCGGCGGUGGCGCAGGCUAAGCUCGAUGCAGCACUCGAGGCACAGGCCAAGCUCGAUCGCGAGACGGCAGCGACACGCGAGGCGUUGGCAGCGGCCGAAGUCUCUGCGGCGGAUCUCUCGUCGCGGUCGCUGCUCCGUGUACAGCAGCUGGAGUUUGAGCUUGCAACGGCGCGGCGCGAGGCUGCCGACUCCAAGCGCGAGCUGGAGAGUCUCCGCAAGCUCUGUGUCGAGUUGAGGGCGCUUCUUUAA